AUGUUUCUUAAUUCAAUGGUUGAACCAGAUAAAAAAGAUCAUAAUAAAACAGCUGAUCUUGAAGAUACAGUUCGAAAUCUUCGAGAAGAAAAUGCAAAACUUUUACAAUUACUUCGUUCUCAAGGACUUUUACUCGAUUCUUCAAUAAAUCAAAAUGGAAAAUCUAGUGAUAAUACAAUAUUUCCAAUAUCAAAUCAACAAAAAGAUUCAACAAAUAUAACAUUCGAUCAUUCCGAUAUAACAUUAACAACAAAUUCAAUAAAUAAUAUAAAUCAAAUCAAUCAUCAACAUAUUAAUAAUCAUAGUUCUAUAAAUCAACAAACAUAUAAUGGACAAACUAUACAUGGUAAUCAAUCAAAUAUAACACCUAAUUUUAAUACAGUUAUACAAACAACAACACAACCAUUUGUACAAAAUAGUUCAAAUACACUCGUACAAAAUAAUACAAAUUUAAUUCAACCAAUUAAUUUAGUUAAUUUUAAUAAUGUUAGUUUAGAUUCAAUACAAUCAUUUUUUGCUUCACAAAAUAAUGUUGUUUAUUUAUCUCAAACAUCAUCAUCUUCAUCAUCAACAACACCAACAACAACAACAACUACAACAACAUCAUCAUCAUCAUCAUCAUCUGCAUCUGCAAAUUCUAUUAUAACAAAUACAAAUGUUAAUGAAUUAUUACCUUCAACAUCAUCAUCAUCAUCAACUGAACAACAUCAAAUAUCAAUUCGACCAAAAUUAUCAUUAUUACAUCAACAUCAAGAAUUAGUACCAGUUAUACCGAAAAUAAAACCUGAACAUUAUGAAAGUAUUACAAGACAAUUAUCAUCAUCAUCAUCAUCAUCAACAACAACAACAACAACAAAUAAUGAUACAACGAAUUUAAUUGAUAAUGAUUCGAAUGAUUCAAAAUAUAAAUAUCCAAGACCUAUUCGUCCUAAACCAUCAUCAAGAACGAAUUCUUUACAAGCCUAUAAUUCUGUUGUUGCUCAUGAAACAAAAUCAUCAUCAUCAUCAUCAUCAUUUGUUGAUAAUAAUUCUCCAACAUGUUUAUCACCAUCAUUAGAUCAUCAAAUAGAUUUAUCAACAACAACAACAACAAGUCUUUCAACAACAGCAAAUAAAAAAUCUAGUAAAAAUCGUGUACGUAAUCGUAAUAAAAAAACAUCUUUAUCAUCAACAAUUAUACCGUCAAAUAAUUCUACACUUAUACCAAUAGCACCAAAUCUUAAUCGAACAUUAACACCAUCAAUAGUAAAUGUUCAACGUUUAGUAACAUCAAAUAAUUCUUCAAUAACAAAACGUUCAAUAACAAAUAAAAAACAAUCCAAACGUAAUACUAAAACAUUAAUUCAUUCUCAUAGUGAAAAUAUUUUACAACAAAAUUCAUCAUCAUCACCAAUUAAUUCAUUUGCUGAAUCAAUAUCAGGUUUAUUAGAAAAUUUUGAUCAAGAAUUAAUUGCAUCAAAUUUUCUAUCACAAACAACAACAACAAGUAACUUAUUAACAAAUGAAAAUAAUUCAAUUAUUUCAACAGAUCAUAUAAAUUUACAACGUAUUGUUAAUAAUCCUAUACAACAACAAGAAAUUUAUCAAUCAACAACAUCAAUGCCAACACUUGAUGAAUUUAAUAUUCGACUUGAAAAUGAUACAACAACAAUAUUAACAAAUCAAACAAUAAAUGAUUAUAAUGUUGAAAAUGAACAAAUAACAUCAUUUAUGAAUGAAGAAGAUAUGCGUUUUGUUGAAAUGAAUUUUGAUGAAAAUAUUUUUUUAAAACAAUUUGAUUUAGAUGAUCCAGGUAUUAAAUUACAUGUUCAUUCAGAUCAAAAUAUCUUUGCUAAUAUUUUAACUAAUAAUAAUAAUAAUAAUGAAUUAUUACAAAUACAACAACAACACAAUCAAAUUAAUGAACAAACAAUAAUACAUCAAAAUCAAUCAUCGCUUCCUCCUCCUCCUCCUUCCAUUUAUUCAGGUUCAUCAUUAAUUAAUAAUAAUGUUUUUACAACUCUUGUUCCACUUGGUUCACAACGACAAACAUUUAAAACAAAUGCAUUUAAUAAUAAUAAUAAUAAUAGUACAAUGUCUUUAUUACCAGAAGAAGGUGUUCAAUUGACUGCUCGUCAUAUUGAACCAAGUCAAGUAGCUACAUAUGAAUCUUCAAAAUAUCAAGAUAUUCUCGAUGAUUUAGUUAUGGUUACAGAUCAAGAUGCAUUACGACAUGCACAAGCUACAGCUGCUGAUGAUCCAUCUGUUGUAUCAACAGAUUUUUCAUUUGUAUUACUUGAAGCAGCUAAUGAAAUAAUGAAAAAUACAAAUAUUCAAAUUGUUGAAGAAAAUUCAACAGUAUUUAAUGAAUUACAAUAUUUUUAUCCUAUUGAAAAUGAACAAACAAAUUUAGAAAAACAAUUAGAAACUUAUGAAAAUAAACAACAAAAUGAAUCCGAACAACAAGAACAACCAAUUGUUAUACUUGAAAAAUUACAAUCAGAAAUUUUAACAUCAACAAAUUUAACAGAAAAUGUUCUUAAUGAUUCAAUUAAUGAUAUAUUACAAUAUGAUCAAAUACAUUCACCUAUUAAUCAUGAACAAUCAACAACAGAAUUAAUAACACCAAUAAAAAAUCUUUCAAAUAAUUUAUUAACAACAAAAUCACCUAAUAAUAAUAAUUCGGAAUUAUCAUUAACAAAUAGAUCUAAUAAUGAAGAAAUAACAUCAUAUUCACCUAUAUCAGAUACAUUAAUAAUAUCAACAAAUUUUAUUCAACAACAAUUACAAUCAAUUGAACCAAUUACAAAAUCAUCUAUUAUGUUUGAACCUAUAUCAUCACCAUCAAAUCCUUCAUCACCAAUUCCAAAAGAAAUUAUUCUUGAUUCAGGUCAUUUAAAUGAAUUAAAUUCAGAUAAAAUUGAUUCUUUUAAUAAUGAUGAAAUUGAAGAAUUAUUAUGUGAUACAAUAAAUAAUAAUAAUAAUCAAUAUGAAAUAAUUGAAAAUCAAGGACAAACAUCAAUAAAAAAUUCAAUUAUUAUUGAUAAUAUUGAUCAAUUAAUUGAACAAAUUGAACCAUCAUCAUCAUCAUCAAAACGUUUAGAAUUAUUUGAACAAACAUUUAUACGUUAUCAAAAAAAAUAUUAUUUAAAUUUAAAAUAUCAACAAAAUAUUUUAUUUAAUAAACUUCAUGAACAACAUUUAACAAUUCCAACAGUUAAUUUAAAAUAUCCAAUAGAAAAAUUUUUUAUUAAAGAAAUUGAAGAACAAUCAUCAUCACCUAAACAACAUAUUGAACGUCCAUCAUUAAAAAUAACUAUACGAACAAAAUUACCUAUACAAAAUUCUCUUGAUAAAAAAAUUCGUAAAAUAAAAAAGAAAAAAUUUCAUCAACAAAAUAAAAAAAAAUCUCAUAAUAAUAAUCAAAUUGAAACUGAAUAUGCUGGUUUAACACGUUUUGAACAACCAUUAGCACAAUUAUAUCAUCAACCAUCACCACCAACAUCUAAUGAAACUUUAUUACCUAAAAAUGAAAUUUUAACAUCACCAUUAUCAACAAUACAACAAAAUGAUUUACAAAUAUCAACAAAUAUACAUUCAGGUUUUAUGAUUAAUGAACAAACACCACCAUCAAGUAUAAUAUCAUCAAUUGAACAUAAACAAAAUUCACCACCAUUAUUAAUUAAUCAAACAAAAAAUGAAAAAUUAACAACAAAUUAUUCAGAUUUACUUAAUAAUAAUAAUAAUAAUAAUAAUGAUCAUCAUCAUCAAAAUAAUAAUACAUUUAUAACACCACCACCUGAAAUUGAUCAUAAUAAUUUAAUACAACAAAAAUCUAAUACAUAUGAAAAUUUUUGUCAACAAUUUUCAAAUAGUUCAAAUAAAAAAAAACAUCGUCAUAGAAAAUCAAGUAUAACAAGUAGUACAAGUAGUAAAUCAUUAACAAAUCUUGAUUAUGCUAUUGAUACAGAAGAACUUGAACCCGUUUCACCAACACCAUUAUUAAUAACAGCAAAUAAACAAAAACAUUUACAUAAUCAAUCACAAUCAUCAACAUCAUCAUCUAAUUAUAAUGAUAUAUCACCACCUUAUUUUGAACAUCAACAACAAAAAUAUAUUAAAGAUCAUCAUUCAAAAAAAUCAUCAUCAUCAUCAUCAUCAUCAAAUCGAUCAUCAAGAAUAACAUCAUCACAAAUUUAUCAACAAUCACGUUCAUUACCAAAUCAUAAUUAUCGAACAUCACAAGAGCCACCAUUAAUACCACCUAUUUUACCUGUACCACCACCACCACCACCAAUUCAUAUUGAUCCAUAUGUUCAAACUUAUCAUCAUUUUGCACCACCACCACCACCACCAUAUUUUAAUUUUCCAUAUCCACAUCCAUUUCUUAAUCCACAUUCAACAACAUCAGGUCAUUUUCAUCCUCAUUCUAUGAAAUAUCAUCAUCAUCAUCCUCAUAUUCAUCCAUCUCAUGCAUAUCCACAACAAUAUCCUUAUCAUGCUCAUUUACAAAGGCAACAACAGUAUAAUAAUUCCAAUUAUAUGUCUUCUCGUGAUCAUCAUCCAUUCGACAGGUAG